AGAGUUGGGUCGUGCAAUGUAAUGUCACCCCUCCUUCAAAAAUUUAAUGCUCAAAACCAGACAUUUCUUACACUGUUAAACUCUCUCAUCCAGUUGUUUUUUCUUUAUUUAAUUUGACCUUUUUUGCUUCUAAAUCUCUGGGUAUCAAACAAAUCUGUCUCUUUUAUCUCUCUGCUAAUGUCAUUAAAAUAUUUCCCAGUGAUGGAUCCUUUUUUCUGUCCUUUUUUGGUCCAUUUUGCUAAAACCAAAUUCCAUUUCUUUUUUCUGUUAUCUGCAUUAGUAGUAGUAUUCUAGUUGCAGUAAAAAAGACAGCCUUACAACACUUGGAAGAAAGAAAACAAAAUGGUGCUUGAAGGUUCAAACUUUUGAAAGAUUCAAGUUUAUUGUUCAAUUUAAAGAAUACCCAGUUAGGUUUAGCUGCUUUUAUGUAAGCCCAUUGUAACAAGGAAGGAGCUUGGUACCUGGAUCAUGGGGUUUUGCCACUUUUGAAGAAUUCAAGAUAAGAUAAUGGAGGCUGAAAGGAAACGUGCAAAGGGAGGGUUUUUUCAAUUGUUUGAUUGGAAUGGUAAAUCUCGAAAGAAGCUGUUUUCAAACAAUUCUGAGUUACAAGAAGAAUCAAAGAGAGGAAAAGCUGAGGAACAUGCAGUGAAGCCUCCGCCUCAUUCGGUGCAGAGGGAGGGGGAUGAGUAUAGUGCCGCUUCAAAUAAUACGCGAAGUGGUGAUUUUAAUUCUUCUUCUUCAGUGACUAGUGAUGAAGGAUAUGGAUCUAGAGCGCCUGGGGUUGUUGCUAGGCUUAUGGGGUUGGACUCGUUGCCAACGUUGAAUGUCUCUGAGCUUUCUUCCAUCCCGCACUCAGGGUCUUCUUCUCUUAGAGUAUCUCAGAAUGAAAGAAAUACUCCUAAUUUAUGGAAUGAAUAUCAACCUGCAGACUACGCUAGCAUUUCUAACAAGCUUGACAGGUCGUCUUCAAAUCCCAUUGAACCAAGGUCUCGUAAGGUGCAGAACCGACCAAUUGAGAGAUUUCAGACUGAAAUAUUGCCUCCAAAGUCAGCAAAGCCAAUUCCAAUCACUCAUCAUAAGCUUUUGUCUCCUAUCAGGAGUCCAGCAUUCACCCCAACCAAGAACGCAGCUUAUAUAAUGGAAGCAGCUGCAAAGAUUAUUGAGGCUAGUCCUCAGGCAACUUCCAAAGGUAAAGUGCCAUCAUUUGGGUCCUCUUCUGUUCCUCUGAAAAUGCGGAAUUUGAAAGAGAAAAUUGAAGCUGCACAUAAAGCAUCCAGGCCUCAAAGAGCCGAUGAGUGUGGUGAGAGUAUGGUGAAGCCUUUGAAAGUACAGCAUAAGGACAAGAUUCACAGUAAAUCAGAUUAUACACCAACAUUCAGGAUAACUAAGGACUCGGAAAAAAGUAUUUCUAAUGGUUCAAGGAACAAGGGAAAAGCAGUCUCACUUGCAGAACAAGCAAGGGUUAGUAUUCAAAGGAAAGAAGGGUCAUCAUCGAGUUUUAAUGGGAGUGUAGUGAACAAGAAGGAAAGGAAUGAUGCUAAAAGAAAACAGUUUUCUACAAGUGUGUCAGAUGUACAAAGGACAGUGGAGAAAAGAACCUCUGCAAACAGGACUAACAAUGUGCUGAGGCAGAAUAAUCAGAAGCAGAAUUGCAUAACCAAUAGAGAUUAUUCAACAUCAAAGAGUUCAACCUUGGACCAACAAGGUAAAAAUGGUAGGUCCAUAAAUGGUACAGCAGGGCUUAAUAGGACCGUAAACUCCAGGAAGACGGUUUCAGUGGCAACUGAUACUGCAAAAGAGGUCCCAAUGUCUAGAAGAAAGAAUUUGCCUAGAAAGAAACGUCCUGUAAAUGAGGAUAUUCCAGUUGGAGAAACUGUUCCUGAUAUAUCAUCUAAAAAUGGUGGUGAAAGGUCCAUAAAAUGUAAUGUUACAACUGAUGGGCACUUAAAUCAGGAUUCAGAUAUAAAGAAAACAAGCAUGGAUGUCAUUUCAUUUACAUUUACAUCCCCCUUAUCAAAGUCCAUGCCCGACGUAUCUUCCACUAGUAAAGCUUCUGAACAGAGCAGCAGCUUUGAUACUGAUCCUUCUAGUGACAAUGAUCUGCUAUUUUUAAAAAGCUCGGCAUUUUCUUCUCCUGGAUUCAAUGUAAUUGGUGGGGAUGCUCUGAGUGUUAUUUUAGAGAAAAAGCUUCAAGAAUUGACAUGUAGAAUCGAGUCAUCCAACUGCAAUAUCAUUAUAGAGGGGACUUCUGCUAGCCCCACCUCAAGUUUGCAAAACUCAGUGCCCUCAUCUGGUACAGCAACCACAACAUCAGCAGCACAUCAAAAAACUCUUCAGGUGGAUCUAGGUCAUGAUAUCUCAUAUAGCUCAGGUGAUUUUGAUCACUCUUCUGACAAGCUGGGGCUUGAUUGGGGAAGGAAGUGGCAGUUAUCUGAAGAAAUUGAAGAGCAAAAUGCUGGCAGCAGCAGCAGUGAGAAUGACAUAGAAGUUGAUAACCAACAUCCCGGCCCGCUUUUGACUCUUGAACAUGCUGUCACGAGUGGUAGCUGCUCAGGUAGCAGAAACAGCUCCAAACCAUUCCUGUUGGUUCAAGAUCAAGAAUUUGGUAUGGAGUUAACUGACUCAGCAUCUUCUAAACCUUCAGGAGAAAUGGAUAAAAAGCAUUUAACGAGGCCACCAAAUUCCGGAGAUUGUAAAGAGUCAACCGGUUGGGAAAACGAUUUUGUGAAAAUGGUGCUAAAAGAUUCUGAGCUACUAUUUACAGAAUAUGCAUUGGGUCAGACUGAGAAGGUUAUGACCCUGAAGGCUUCCAAUCAGCUUGAGCAUCUGAAUGGAGCGGAGAGAAAUGGAGAAGAUUACAAACUCGAACAAAAGCUUCUACUUGAUUGCGUGAGUGAAUGCGUGGAGUCAAGGUACCGACAGGUUUCAGUUGGAAGCUGCAAAGGUUUGGUUAAAUGGGAAAUUUUGAUCCAAAAGAGGGAUUGGUUGGCAGAAGAGGUGUACAAAGAAAUUUUUGGUUGGAAAAGCUUGGAUGAUACCAUGGUGGAUGAUCUUGUAGACAAGGACAUGAGCACAAAGUAUGGAAGAUGGCUUGAUUUUGACAUGGAAGCAUUUGAAGAGGGUGUAGAAAUUGAGAAGAUUGUAUUAACUUCUUUAGUUGAUGAAUUAGUUUCUGAUUUAUUAUUAUUGCUUUAAGGUAGCCUCUCUUCUUUUUUUUUUAGUAUUUUUUGAGGUUCCAUUGUUAAAAUCUUCUUUGCUCAGAAAGAAGAUAUAUAUAUACUUGCUGUAUAAUUCAAAAUUGUGAACUUUGCAUCCAUGAAAAUCAAUGGCAACUUUUUAUUUCCUCA